UUCUGUGUUGAUGGUUGAGGACAAAAACUUACCAUGAGGCAUUCAUGUCACUUUCAGACCAAUAGCACACUACAAUUACUUUUAGCUUCAAUUAUUUACUGGACCAUUUAGGCACCAUAUGGAACUCUUAAUCCGACUCAGAUUCGCCAAGAUGGGAGUUUUGGCAAACAGAACAAUGUAUCUAGUUUUCGGUUUCCUGUUACUUGCAGGAUUUCAAACCGAAGCAUUGUCCUACAACGACUCUGCAAGCAUAAAGUGUCUAGAAAAUCCGUAUAGACCUCAGUAUUCGGGAGGAAUACUUAGGAAUCCAAAAUUUGAUAGGGGACUGGAAGGAUGGAGUGUACUGGGAAUGGGGACAAUUGGUUCCGGAAGAUCUACCACUGGCAACAAAUUCAUUGCGGCAUACAACAGAAGGUCGCCAAACGACAGCUUUACACAAGGGCUAUACUUGCAAAAAGACAUCUAUUACAUAUUUUCAGCUUGGGUGCAGAUAACUGAAGGCGAUGAGGCGGUUGUUGCUGCAAUCUCAUAUUCAAGAAACAGUAGAAAGAUCAUAGGUUCAGUAAUACCUCAAACUGGCUGCUGGUCCAUGAUGAAGGGAGGUUUUGUGCUUGAUAUUAGUACACCAGCUGAGCUUUACUUUGAGACGAACAACACGAAUACAGAGUUAUGGGUGGACAGUGUUUCUCUCCAGCCCUUCACUAAAAACCAAUGGAGAAAGCAUCAGUUGAAGAAAACAAAUCAGCUGAGGAAAAGUAAAUUAAGGCUGCAUGUAUUCAACAAAGACGGAUUGAAUAUCCAAGGCGCGCAUAUCAUCCUCAACCAAAUGAAGCCUGCUUUCCACCUUGGUUGUGGCAUUGCCCUCACUAUUUUAGAUAACAAGGACUACCAAAAAUGGUUCAGUUCACGGUUCACUGCAAUGACAUUUGACAAUGAAAUGAAGUGGUACUUCACUGAGCAGACACAAGGAGAGGAGAACUACACCAUUUCAGAUGCCAUGUUUGAAUUUGCAGAGCAAAAUGGUAUAUCUGUAAGAGGACACAACAUAUUGUGGGAUAACAUUGAACAAAACCCCAAAUGGGUACAACCAUUAUCUGGCAGAGACCUGGUGCAUUACUCUAUCCAAAGGAUGGGUUCUGUUAUGUCGCGCUAUUCAGGCAGAGUCAUAGGGUGGGAUGUUCUAAAUGAAAAUCUACACUUCAACUUCUUUGAAGACAACAUAGGACCAAAUGCAUCAGCAGUGUUCUACAAGAUUGCACAAGCCUUAGAUCCUGAAACGCAUAGGUUCCUGAAUGAGUACAACACUCUGGAAUAUCCGGAAGAUCUGGCAUCAAUACCAUCAAAGUACAUAAAAAAGGUUCAGGAAAUCAGAUCUUUUCCAGGAAAUGAAGACAUGGUUGUAGCAAUCGGAUUACAAGGCCAUUUCCAGAGGCCAAACAUCCCAUACAUUCGCGCAUGCCUAGACACUCUUGGCGCAAUGAACAUGCCUAUAUGGCUGACAGAGCUAACAGUUGAUCAAAAACAACCAAAUCAAGCUGAGUACUUGGAAGAGAUCAUGCGAGAGGUGUACUCCCACCGUGCAGUUGAGGGCAUGAUUGUUUGGUCUGGUUGGAAGCCAACAGGAUGCAGAGAGAUGUGUCUGACAGACAACCAGUUCAAGAAUCUGCCCGCUGGAGAUGUGGUAGACAAGCUGAUCAACGAGUGGAGAACGAAAAAGCUGGAGGGAGUCACUGAUGAGAAUGGAGUGUUUCAGUGUCAGAUCGUGAAGGGGUUGUAUAAUGUGACAAUAGAACAUCCAAAGACUGGUGAAAUCAUACAAAGGGAAAUCAGUGUUACAAGGAAGAACACUGAGGACAUAUUUGUCCUACUGUAAGACAGUCCAGUUUUAUCCAGUGUUCUAAAAAUCGCCGAGUCGGCCGAGUACUCAUUCCGAGUACUCGUUUUUAACCCCUCGUCCGAUCCGAGUUCCGAGUAAUCGGGUUCAAAACCGAUUUAUUAAAAA